AUGCAGCUUGUUGGAGUUUCCUCGCUGGUUUUCCUGGCUCUGCAGGGCUCCGUGGAAGCUGUUCAAAGUGCCAUCACUUGUACCACCACUGCGGACUGCGCUUGGGGUGAAACUUGCGUGGCUGGCGACGCAGACACGUCCGUUCAGGCCUGUGUACCGCCCACAGUGUGCGGAGGCUCCUCGAUGGGCAACUGUCCGUCGGAUGACACGGGCAAACUCGCUUGUCUCUGGAGACCUUUCGACGACUGCAGUCAAGGUUGUGCCAUUCUGAACGGCAACAAGGGCAUCUAUAAAUGUGUAUCCAUUACCCGAUGCGAUGCGUACUACGGCGGUUCGUCUUGCAGUGACAGUUGCAGCGUAAACGGAGUGCGAUGCAAUGGCCAGGGAUCGUGCAAUAUGAUGCCAUCGAGUGCUGAUGGAACGCCCGUGUUUGGUUGCACGUGCGACAAUGGCUAUAGUGGCGACAAGUGCGAAGUUGCACCUGGUUCCACCUCCACGAACACGUCUUCAACCGACGACGACGAUGAUUCUUUCUUUGGGGCGCAGGACUCCGAUGACGCGUCAAACAACGGAUCCGACGAUGACAACACCAGUGACUCUUCCAAGAACACUUUGGACGACUCGGCCACAGAUGCAUCGGAGGACUCGACUACUGAUACGUCCGAUGAGUCGUCUGCUGAUGCCGUCGAGCAAUCGUCCACUGAUGCGGACGAGUCACCUUCCGACGAUACCGAGGAUGACAGCGCCUCUCGUUCCCGUUCUACGUCGUCGUCAGGGGAACUAGCCAACAGCGAGUCAGUGUCCACCACUACUCAUAGCGGUAUCCGACCAGGUGUUCUGAUCCUUGUACUCGUCAUGACCGCGUUCUUCUUGGUCGGCACAGUGCUGUUGGUUGCGUACUCUCGUAGAAGGAAACAACAGGAAGAGGAGGAGUACGCCAACGCCCUAGCUUCUACACAAGGCGUCGGCGCUGUGGGUGCGAGGGAUCUCGCAGCAGGCCACACUGGCCGUACACCGCGAGCCCACAUCGCCACCAUGUAG